AUGUCUCUUUUUAAAUGUUUAAAAUCAUUAAAUAAUGGUAAUUCAACUAAAAAUGAUAUUUAUAUCAAAUCAACAACAUCAUCAACAAUAGAAUGUGAAUUAAUUGAAAAUGAAAUUACCUAUGUUAAAAAUCCAAAUAGCAGAUGGAUUGGUUGGUCAAUUUGCCCAACAAAAACAUUUGAAAGAAAAAGAUAA